AUGUCCAUUGGAAACAAGGAGGCUGAAACAAAACCCUUUGCACUCUGGGCACAUCCAUACCGAUGCCUUUGUGGAAAAGAUAAUACAGACAUCCAGUGUCAGCCUUGUGAGCAAUCUCUUCUUCUGUUCAUUUUCAUUUCUUUGCUCUCCUCAGGAAUUGGCUUCAGCAAUGGAGAAACAUGGAAACAACUCCGUCAUUUUGGAGAGACCACCCUGGACAUGUUGGGCAUGGGGCAGAAUAUUGAGAAGAAAAUCCAGAAAGAAGCUGGUUUCUUAGUGGAGAGACUGAAGAGUACAAAUGGAAGGACAUUUGAUCCCACCAGACUCCUCAGCCAGACAACAACCAAUAUCUUAUGUUCAAUUGCCUUUGGGAAACGCUUUAAUUAUGAGGACAAGGAUUUCCUGAGAUUACUUCACUUGUUGGACGAAAAUGCCAACCUUCAAUCUAGCACAAUGGCAAAGCUGUACAAUGUUUUUCCAACAAUCUUGGAUUAUCUUCCUGGAUCUCAUCAGAAGAUAUUUAAAAAUACAGAGGAGUUAAAACAGUUUGUGUCAAGGCAGGUGGAUCUGCACCAGAAGACCCUGCAGCCUGAGCAUCUAAGAGAUUUUAUUGAUGCCUUUCUUAUCAAAAUGGAGCAGGAGAAACAGAACAGCCAUUCUGCCUUUGAUCUUCACGGUUUGGUGAGAAGCACUUUAGACCUUUUCACUGGAGGAGCACAAUCAACCAGCCUUGUCCUAAAAUAUGGACUUCUGGUUCUCAUGAAGUACCCCAAAGUACAUGAGAAAAUUCUUCAAGAAAUUGAUUCUGUGAUUGGCCGCUCCCAAACACCCUGCAUGGCAGAUCUUGAUAAGAUGCCCUACACCGAUGCUGUAAUCCAUGAAAUUCAUCGUUACCUAGCUCUUGUGCCUCUGAACGUGCCACGUGCUGUGAUCAAGGAUACUUUCUUCAGGCAGUAUUUCAUUCCCAAAGGAACAACUAUAUUUCCGGCUCUGAAAUCCUCUUUGUAUGACAGUAGAGAAUUCCCUAACCCACAACAAUUUGAUGUUGGGCACUUCUUGGACAAAAAGGGAGCUCUGAGAAAGAGCGAAUUCUUCAUCCCUUUUUCCACAGGCAAGCGGGUUUGUCUAGGCAAGAAAUUGAUAGACGUCAUAAUAUUUAUCAUCCUGACAACUAUUUUGCAGCAUUUUACUCUGAAGCCAUUUGGGGGUCCUGAUGACCUUGAUACAUCACCAAUAGCUGGAUUUCUGACAGUUGCCCCCAAAUCCUACCAGCUCAGUGUUGCCCCUCGUUAAACAGAAUCACUCAACCAACUCUACAGCUCCAAAUAGUGCAACUAUUUUCACGUCAGACCUUGAAGUUCUUGAUCCAGUACCUGACGCGUAGUGCUUGAAAGAAAAGCAAUUUCUUUGAAUGUUCCUGUAUUUUUGUGAUUUUUUUAUUUGCUUUUUAAAGUGCAUGAUAUUCAAAAAGAUAAAGUAUAAAUGUUUAAAUAAAUUUUCUAAAAAUGAAAAGCAGAGUUUGAACAAGUG